UACGAUUCUUCUCUGAUUCAUCCUCGAUUUUUCGCUUUGGAAGAUGGAAUUUCUCUUCGGGUGAAAAAUCGAUCGGUCAUUGUCGUCUUCUUCGCUUCAUUUUUUCUUUGUUUCUGCACAGUUCGUUUCAGUUUUCAAGGUGCGAGUGAAGAAUCGAUCGGUAUUUUGUCGUCGUCUACACACGUUUGCGAUGAUUGGUGCUUGAUCACCUUCAUGUAGUCGGAAUUGUGAAGUAAGUUCUUCUGCAUCUAUAAAUUGAUCAUUGGUUAUCUACUUCGCGAAUUGUGGUGGGUUGGAUGUUGGAGUCAAGUCGUUGAAGGUUCCAUUAGAAAUAGAGAUUUUCUGGGUACUGAGAAGAGUUGUUUUAGGGUUUUCGAAAGGUAUGAAGAAAACUAGAAUCAUCGAUCUACCAGACGACGUUAUUCGCCACAUCUCGUCCUUCCUUACGGCAAAGCAAGCUGCGCACGCACAGAUAGCCGCAAAGAAAUGGCGGAAUCUGAUUAGCAUCAUACCGAAUCGGGAAUUUUUUGUACUCAAGUCCAAGAUUAGCGGAAGUUUAAAUGAUUUCGUUAAGGAAUUAUUGUCUCUACACGCCAAUCACCGUCUAAGAAGAUUCUCUCUGAAAUUGCCAGAUGAGGGUAAUCGUCCUUAUUAUAAUCCUGUCAAUGAUUGUCUACGCAAUGUUUUGAAGCGCGGUGUCUUGGAUCUAGAGUUGGACAUUAAUGCUAAAGAAGACUAUCCACUGCCUUUUGAGGUCUUCACUUGCAAGAGCGUUGUGACACUGGAACUAGGGUCUGGUUUUGUUAUUGACACCAUCCCUCUGAAUGCUUCGCUUCCAGCUCUUAAGACUCUCAUUCUUGAUUCAGUCCGGUUCGAUAGUCUUGAUGGUGGUUGUGUGUUCCAAAGGCUUCUUUCUGCUUGCUCUGUGCUUGAGGAGUUAGUCAUCAAUGGCCGUGUCAGUGAUCAUUGGAAUUGGUCUCGCACUGUGUCUAGCCAGACCCUUAAGAGACUUACUAUAUCGCGUGAGGUAUUGGCUGGUGAUCAUAACGAAGUUAAUUCUGAGGCUAUUAGUUUUGAUACUCCGAGUCUUGAAUACUUGGAAAACUACGAUGUUCUUCGAGAUGGGUAUCCAGUUGUUAAUUUCAACUCCCUUGUUGAAGCUACGUUCGACGUUUUUCUUUUUUUCGAUGGUGGGGGUUAUGAUCUUAAAAAUCUGAUUCAGGGGUUACAAAAUGUCCAGAUUCUGAGGUGUGUCAAUGUCGACACGAUGCUGAUGUUUGAUUCCUCCUGCUCCAGCGAAGCAAUCCCAUUGUUUGAAAACCUGCUUCAUUUUGAAGUUAGUACUGAGCCCGAUUACUGCUGGUUUCCUCUGACGAAUGUGCUUGAGAAAUCUCCAAAUCUUAAGACACUCACCAUUGAGGGUUGCUUGCACUUUGUUCCUCAAGAACCUGUUUGCGAUUGCUUGUCAGGGUAUUCUUUUCUCAAGUUAUGCCCUAUUGAGACCCUAAAGAUAACAGAGUUCGAAGGAGAUACCGAUUGUAUGUUGCACAUAAAGCUUAUCUUGGAGAAUUUGCCGUAUCUUGAGCUGUUGGAACUUCAUGUUCAAGCAAGAACAGAUAGAAAGCUCCAGAUCAUGUCAGAUCUCCUAAUGCUUCCCAGAGCUUCUUCCAAAUGCAAAGUCCAGGUCAAAUUCUAAUCUUUGUUGCCUCAACAUGAACUUCCACAUUUCUCAUCUGAGAAAUAAACUUGCUUCCCUUAUAUUUUUUGGGGUAUCUUUCAUAUCUGAUAUUGUUCUGAAUCGAACACAUCAUGGCGUUUUCGUCAUCUAUGGUUGUUGUGUCGUUUUUUGGGCGGAGAGGAUUUCGUUUAGUUUUUUUUGUGGCAAGUAGAUGUCUCUUCUUUUUAAGCGUUUCUUAAUCAACUUACUGUAA